CCUCUUCUUGUUUUGUGCCUCUGCUGAGGUCGCGGGUCCUCUGGGCUGCGUGUCUGAGAGGGCAUGCUGCUGUGGAGCCCUGUGCGAGAGAGGGUUUGGUCCUGAGGGUUACUCAAGACUGCGGAUCAGUAAGUGUCCCUCUGGGCACCAGCUGUGCCCGAGAGGCUGUGUCUGUCUCCCCCCCUGCUCCUUCGGAGAGAGCUCCGGCUGCCAGGUGUUGGCAGUUCUUGCAUCAUCCCAGUGUCAGCUGUGCGAGACUGCGCCGUAUCAGACUCUCAUUCCUCCAGCAUGAGUGUGCAAGCGAGCAGGGCAGUGGAACACCGAGGAAUGUGGAUCCCUUGCUGCUGUGAUUGGCCGUGGAAGGGCCAAGCAGCAGAUCCCUUCGGGUUGGUUCGCAGUAGUGAUCUGAUCUAGAGAGCCUCUCGAUACCAUUUUACCAGUGUACCGGUCAGCUGUGCGGAGGGGACUUGCUUGAUGUCUGCUGCAUGCUGGCAGUGUGUCAGUGAGUAAUCGCUGGUGCUCUGUCUCUGAUAAGACCACAAGGGGCAGUUCAUGGCUUCAGUCAGCUGCUUGCCUGUCUCCAAGUCCCUCCAGUUUUGCUGCUCCGAUCAGAACAAAUCGUGGAAGAAACUGAAGACCGUGGUGCACUGGUCGCCUUUCGUCGUGUCCUUCAAGAAGCGCUACCCCUGGGUGCAGCUGGCUGGCCAUGCAGGGAACUUCAAGGCGGGCGACUACGGGAAGAUCCUGAAGAAGUACUGCGAAGGCGAGCAGCAGUGCCUGACCUACCUGAUGAAGGACGAGCUGCGGCGCUUUGUGCCCGGCUACUACGGCGUGGUGGAGAGGGAUGGGGAGUGCUUUAACCAGAUGGAGGACCUGCUGGCGGAGUUCGACUCCCCCUCCAUCAUGGACUGCAAGAUGGGUACCAGGACCUACCUGGAGGAGGAGCUGGUCAAGGCUCGCGAGAAGCCCAAGCUGAGGCGGGACAUGUACGAGAAGAUGGUGGCAGUGGACCCCAACGCGCCCACCCCCGAGGAGCACGCCCAGCAGGCCGUCCUCAAGCCCCGAUACAUGCAGUGGAGGGAGACGCUCAGCUCCACUGCCACCCUGGGCUUCCGCAUCGAGGGCAUCAAGAAAGCGGACGGCACGUGUAACACGAGCUUCAAGAAGACCAGGGACAGGCAGCAGGUCGUGCAGGCGCUGGAGGACUUCGUGGACAGGAGCACCCAAGUCCUGGAAAACUACUUGGAGCAGCUGAAGGAGCUCCAGCUGGCGCUGCAGAAGUCGGAGUUCUUCAGAUGCCACGAGGUGGUGGGCAGCUCGCUGCUGUUCGUGCACGACGGCUCGGGGCGGGCCCGCGUGUGGAUGAUCGACUUCGGCAAGACGGUCCGGCUGCCCCCGCCGCAGACGCUGGACCACCGCACGCCCUGGCAGGAGGGCAACCGGGAGGACGGCUACCUGCGCGGGCUGGACAGCCUCAUGGACAUCCUGAGUGCCAUGGUGGGCCGCGGGCCGCGGGAGUGAGGCGCCUGGGGCGGGAGCUCACCGGAGCGCCGGCGUCUUUUAACCGUUUUUAAUUACGUUUUUUAAAAGCAAAAAAAAGAAUUCCCUAAGUGGCCUUAAAACGUCUUUUACCCAGAAGUGGACUGCUCUGUUUUUACCCUUUUUAAGGCUUUUAAAAACCAUUACACUAGAACACUGGAGAUAUG